AUGUCUCAAAUUACUUUAGGUAAGUAUUUGUUCGAAAGAUUAAACCAAGUUAAGGUCCAAACCAUCUUCGGUUUACCAGGUGAUUUCAACUUGUCUUUGUUAGACAAGAUCUACGAAGUCCCAGGUAUGAGAUGGGCUGGUAACGCCAACGAAUUGAACGCUGCUUACGCUGCUGAUGGUUACGCCAGAAUCAAGGGUAUGGCCUGUUUGAUCACCACUUUCGGUGUCGGUGAAUUAUCCGCUUUGAACGGUAUUGCUGGUUCUUACGCUGAACACGUCGGUGUCUUACACGUUGUUGGUGUUCCAUCCGUUGCUUCCCAAGCUAAGAAAUUAUUAUUGCACCACACCUUAGGUAACGGUGACUUCGAUGCUUUCCACAGAAUGUCUGCUGAAAUCUCUGAAACCACUGCUAUGAUCACCGACAUUGCUAACGCUCCAGCUGAAAUUGACAGAUGUAUCAGAACCACCUACGUCACCCAAAGAACUGUCUACUUAGGUUUACCAGCUAACUUGGUUGACUUAAUGGUCCCAGCCUCCUUAUUGGAAACCCCAAUUGACUUGGCUUUGAAACCAAACUGCCCAGAAUCUGAAUCUGAAGUUAUUGAAACCAUCUUAGACAUGGUCAAGAACGCCAAGAACCCAAUCAUCAUUGCUGAUGCCUGUGCUUCCAGACACAACGUCAAGAAGGAAACUGAACAAUUGAUUGACAUCACUCAAUUCCCAGCUUUCACCACCCCAAUGGGUAAGGGUUCUAUCAACGAAAAACACCCAAGAUUCGGUGGUGUUUACGUCGGUACCUUAUCUAGACCAGAAAUUAAACAAGCCGUUGAAUCCGCUGAUUUAAUCUUGUCUGUCGGUGCUUUGUUAUCCGAUUUCAACACUGGUUCUUUCUCUUACGCUUACCAAACUAAGAACAUUGUUGAAUUCCACUCUGACCACAUGAAGAUCAAGAACGCUACCUUCCAAGGUGUUCAAAUGAAAUUCGUCUUGGAAAAAUUGAUUGCCAAGAUUGGUGACUAUAUUAAGGACUACAAGCCAGUUGCUGUCCCAGCCGCUGUCCCAGCUAACAAACCAGUCCCAGCUGAAACUCCAUUGAAGCAAGAAUGGUUAUGGAACCAAUUGGGUAACUUCUUACAAGAAGGUGAUAUUGUCUUAACUGAAACCGGUACCUCCGCUUUCGGUAUUAACCAAACCACUUUCCCAAAGGACACCUACGGUAUCUCCCAAGUCUUAUGGGGUUCCAUUGGUUUCACCGGUGGUUGUGUUUUAGGUGCUGCUUUCGCUGCUGAAGAAAUCAACCCAGACAAGAGAACUAUCUUGUUCAUUGGUGACGGUUCUUUACAAUUGACUGUUCAAGAAAUCUCCACUUUGAUUAGAUGGAACUUGAAACCAUACUUAUUCGUCUUAAACAACAACGGUUACACCAUCGAAAAGUUGAUUCACGGUCCAACUGCUCAAUACAACGAAAUCCAAGGCUGGAACCACUUACAAAUCUUACCAACCUUCGGUGCUAAAGAUUACGAAGCUGUUAGAGUUGCCACUACUGGUGAAUGGGACAAAUUGACCACUGACAAGGCUUUCAACAAGAACUCUAAGAUCAGAAUGAUCGAAAUUAUGUUGCCAGUCAUGGAUGCUCCAUCUAACUUGGUUGCUCAAGCUCAAUUGACCGCUGCUAUCAAUGCUAAGCAAGAUUAA